AUGGUAGAAGUAUCACAAACAACGGCCCCCAGUCCGCGGCAGACUUUAAAUAGUCAGGGGGUGCGAAGAAUACCCGCGAAGAAUAAUGCUAGGACCCACCCGAAAGUGGAAAAACAAUCGAGUUGUAGACUCGGUACUUGGAACGUAAGGACCUUGUAUACCGCAGGGAAAUUGGACAAUCUAGUACAGGAAAUGGAACGCCACGAGAUAGACAUACUAGGCCUCGGUGAAGUUAAAUGGCCGAACAGUGGCCAAUGCACGACCGAAAAAGCAACACUCUACUAUUCCGGAAACAAUCAUAACAAUCACUGCAACGGAGUCGGUUUUAUAGUACACAAAAAUAUCGGGAAGUCCGUAAAAAACUUCAUAGCCCACUCGGAUAGGGCAGCUCUCAUACGGCUGAAAGCUGCCCCAGUUGACAUUAAUAUCAUACAGGUAUAUGCCCCAACACUGGAUAAACCGGACACCGAAAUGGCACAACUCUAUAAGGAAAUAAAAGAACCGAUGAAGCUAGCCGGAAAGAAGGAAGUUCUCAUCAUCAUGGGCGACUUUAAUGCCAAGAUUGGUCGAGGUCGAGUGGACAGUGUGGUCGGAGAUUUCGGUCUCGGAGACCGCAACAAAAGAGGCGAUACCUUGGUACAAUUCUGCCAAGAAGAAAGACUGGUCGUCGCAAAUACAUGGUAUAAACUCCCGUUAAGAAGGCUAUAUACCUGGCAAUCACCACAACACUCACCGGACAAUAUAGUGAGAAACCAAAUAGAUUUUCUACUAAUCAGCCAGAGAUACAGAAACGGAUUGCACGGAGUGAGAACCUACCCUGGUACCGACAUCGGCUCAGACCAUAACCCAGUGGUGGGAACGCUCAAUAUUAAAUUAAAGAAAAUAAGACGGCCACAUAAGAAGAAGAUAAACAUAAACAACAUUAAGAGGCCCGAGAUAAGGACGGAGGUACACCAGAGGAUAAACAGAGCAGUCAGCUUAGUAAGAAACUCGCCUCAACAACCAGCGGGUGUGGAAGUUGUCUGGAAUCGACUGAAGGACGCGAUAACCACCACCACAAAUGAUAUAGUGGGACCACCUAUCAACAAGAGAAGGGAAUGGAUGACCUACGAGAUCCUUGGGCUGAUGUCUGAACGCCGUUCAUAUAAGAAUAAAAAUCAAGUCAGAUACAGGGAGCUUGACAGACGAGUUAAAAAAGAGAUACGCAAGGCCAAAGAACAAUGGCUGCGAAGAAAUGGAAGAAUUAGAGAGAAAACAUGA